CUAUUUUCUAUUCGACAGUAAAAAAAAAAGGAAGGAAACAAAUAUGAUUGAAAAUUCUUAUAUAUAAGAGUCCUUUAUCUUUCCACCAGCAAAGAAGAUGAAACUUGAUUUUUCUUAAACACUCAAAACAAUAGCUGAAAACUUACGUAGAAAUUAACAAUGGUCAAACUCUCUUUAACUUCUAUCGCGUUGGCUUCCUUGUUGGCAAUGGGCGUAGCUGCCAAAAAGAAAUCCAAAGAUCAACCUACACCAUCUUCCUCAACAGCGGUUGCUCCUACUGGUACAGUUAAAGAAGCGACUUGUGAGCGCAAUCUCAAGGUGACGAACCAGUCCGAUUUAGAUGCUAUCAGCAACUGUGCAACAUUCAAGGGUAACAUUGAAAUCAACGGACUAUCUGCUGUUCCCAAUUUGCACCUCAACGGCGUAGAGCAUAUCAUUGGCGAUCUUGUUCUUACGAAUAACAACGAUUUGGUCAGCUUUGAAGCUGCUGCUUUGACGAAAGUAGAGGGGGCUUUACGAAUCGAGAACCAUAUCCUUUUGAAUCAAGUACAACUUCCUCACUUGAAAGCUGCCAGACUUGUCUCAUUCUCUGUGUUGCCAGCUUUGGAUGUGAUUGCUUUCCCUUCCGGUUUGACUCAUGUCGAGCAAAUGAAAGUGGAAGAUACAAGAGCCCCUACUGUCCAUGGCUUCCUGGCAGACCGGGUCGGAACAUUUAUGUUAUUGAACAAUAAUUACAUGAAGUCAUUUGAUUUCAACAGUGUCAAGGAUGUAACAGGUGAAAUGUUGAUUAUGGGUAACAACCAUGCUCUCACUUUCCAGGCCAAUCAAUUAGCCAAAAUACAAAAGGCCACUUUUUUCAAUCUGUAUCAGCUUGACAUGCCUGCCCUAACUGAAGUUCAGAAUGACAUUUCUUUCCACGAAAACGACUUCCUGAGUCUCAACAUGGAUUCUGUUGAAAACAUCGGUGGUACCAUGACUAUUGCUAACAAUAAUAAACUCAAAGAAACUUCCUUCAAGAAGCUCCACUUGAUUAAUGGCGCCCUUUCUAUUGGUAACAACACACAACUCACAGCCAUUGAUGGUUUCCCUGCGCUCAAAGCCGUCCAUGGCACUAUCGAUUUAGCUGGUGGUUUCAGUAAAUAUCAUAUUCCAUCUCUUCAAGAUGUUCGUGGAGGUAUGCGUCUUCAAACUACAUCAAGUCAAUUUGGUUGUGCCGAUAUCGAACGUAAAUUGCGAGGUGAAAAUGUUGUAAAGGGAACAACUUGGAGCUGUACAGCCAGUAUGCAAGAAACAAAUUUGGUGCCCACGAUGGGUCAAUCUCCUAACAGUGGUAAUAAUAACAACAAACAGCCAGCUUUAGCUACCGGUAACAAUAACAAUAAGGGAAGUGGCAAUACCCCCACAACUGGCAACACUAAUAUGGGUAAUGCUAUCGGACAAUUAUCAAGCAGUGCCGCGUCUUCUUUCAACGUGAUGGCCACUAGCGGUUCUUUGAUGGCUGGUGUGGCUAUAGGUUUUGUCUAUAAUUUAAUUUAAAUCUUUUAAGAUCACUGUCUUUAUUAAUUACUUGCUUACUUUCUAACUCGAGCUAUUCUUUGUCUGCUGUCUUUUCUCUAAUUAAUAACUGAUUUUUCCCCAGCCAACCGUGGGGUCUUUGCCUGUCUGAUUACCGCUUUUUGAAAUAAAAAUCUCCUCCUUUUAACGUUUGAUUUCGCUUCAUUGACAAGCAGUUUGCGUAUGUAACAAUUCCUAUGAAUGGCAAUAUAUACUAGAGCAUACACUAUCCGUAAAAAGAUACAUAGUUGACAGUUUCAAAGUGCCAUUGUUCGAUCUGUUAAGCACACCAUAGGCUUCCGCCUCGCUAGCAUUAAUUGUUUGAUAGUCGU